AUGUUUCACCCGCCGCCUAGCAGACCGGACGGAAGCGGCUGCCAGCGACAUGGCGUCGUUCUACUCCUGCUCCUGCUGGACAGCUCCCUCAAGGCAGCGCAAGCGGCCAAACCCAAAGGCCCGGGUCACACCCACCUGAACUCCAUCCGCAUAGACGGGGAUAUCUCCUUAGGGGGGCUCUUUCCGGUUCACGCCAGGGGCCACGAGGGCAAGCCGUGUGGGGAGCUCAAGAAAGAGAAGGGGAUACAUCGCUUGGAGGCCAUGCUCUUUGCAUUGGACCGCAUCAACAACGAUAACAACCUGCUGCCUAACAUCACUCUGGGUGCCAGGAUCCUGGACACUUGCUCAAGAGACACGCACGCCUUGGAGCAGUCGCUCACAUUUGUGCAGGCCCUGAUCGAGAAGGACGGGACUGAUGUCAAGUGUCUGGGCGGCGGGGCGCCUAUUAUCACCAAACCAGAAAGGGUGGUGGGCGUCAUUGGAGCUUCGUCUAGUUCGGUUUCCAUCAUGGUGGCAAACAUUCUGAGGCUCUUCAAGAUCCCACAGGUGAGCUACGCCUCCACGGCUCCGGAACUGAGCGACAACACCCGCUACGACUUCUUUUCCCGAGUGGUGCCGCCAGACACGUACCAGGCGCAGGCCAUGGUGGAUAUCGUCAAAGCCAUGCGCUGGAACUACGUCUCCACCGUAGCCUCGGAGGGAAACUACGGAGAAAGCGGAGUCGAAGCGUUCAUCCAGAAGACUCGGGAGGAUGGAGGAGUGUGCGUUGCCCAGUCGGAGAAGAUUCCCAGGGAGCCUAAACCGGGCGAAUUCGACAAGGUCAUCCGACGCCUUCGCGAUAAUCCCAACGCGAGGGUCGUCAUCAUUUUUGCCAACGAAGAUGACAUUAAACGGCUGCUACACGCUGCUAAAAAGGCCAACCAGACGGGUCAUUUCAUCUGGGUGGGCUCCGACAGCUGGGGCUCCAAGAUCUCACCGGUCCUGCACCAAGAGGAGGUCGCCGAAGGGGCGGUCACCAUCUUGCCCAAGCGCCAGUCCAUAAAGGGUUUUGAUCGCUACUUCAUCAGCCGUACGCUAGAGAACAACAGACGCAACAUCUGGUUCGCAGAAUUCUGGGAGAACAACUUCAGUUGCAAGUUGAGCCGACAUGCCCUCAAGAAAGGUUCCGGGCUUAAGAAAUGCACAAACCAGGAGCGGAUCGGAAAAGACUCCAACUACGAGCAGGAAGGCAAGGUGCAGUUUGUGAUCGACGCCGUCUACGCCAUGGCCCACGCGCUGCACAACAUGCACCAGGAGCUGUGCCCGGGCAAAGUGGGCCUCUGCGCCAAGAUGGACCCCAUCAACGGCACGCACCUACUCAAGCACAUACGUCGUCUCAACUUUAAAGGUAUCGCAGGAAACCCAGUGCUCUUCAACGAAAACGGCGACGCCCCUGGACGCUACGAGAUCUACCAGUACCAGAUCCGAAACUUCACGGCGGAGUACAAGAUCAUCGGCCAUUGGACGGAUCAACUUCAUCUCAAUGUGCGUUCCAUGCAGUGGCCCGGCGCUGUCCGCCAGAUCCCGUCAUCCAUUUGCAGCCAGGCCUGCCGCGCUGGAGAGCGUAAAAAGAUCGUGAAAGGAAUCCAGUGUUGCUGGCACUGCGAGCGAUGUGACGGCUACCAGUACCAGGCGGACACGUUCACCUGCAAGAUGUGCCGCUUCGACAUGCGGCCCAACCAAAACCACACGGGCUGCGUUUCCAUCCCUAUCAUCAAGGUGGAGUGGAGCUCACCCUGGGCGGUGAUCCCUGUGCUUAUCGCAGUGGUGGGCAUCAUGGCCACCCUGUUUGUGGUGGUCACCUUUGUGCGCUACAACGACACGCCCAUCGUGAAGGCCUCUGGACGGGAGCUCAGUUACGUGCUGCUUACAGGCAUCUUCCUGUGUUAUGCCACUACCUUCUUGAUGAUCUCCACACCGGAUGUUGGGAUCUGCUCCCUUCGGCGAAUCUUUUUGGGCCUGGGCAUGAGCAUCAGCUACGCCGCUCUGCUCACCAAAACCAACCGCAUAUACCGCAUCUUCGAUCAGGGCACCAUGACCUUAAGCGCGCCCCGCUUCAUCUCGCCGGCUUCUCAGCUUAUCAUCACGUUCACGCUGGCGUCAGUGCAGCUGCUCGGCGUCUGCAUCUGGUUCGGCGUGGAUCCCUCCAAGGCUAUCAUCGAUUAUGAGGAUCAGAGGACGUCUAAUCCGGCGAUGGCCCGCGGCGUGCUCAAGUGCGACAUCUCCGACCUUUCCCUCAUCUGUUUACUGGGUUACAGCAUGCUGCUCAUGGUCACCUGUACCGUGUACGCCAUUAAGACCAGAGGGGUGCCAGAGACCUUCAAUGAGGCCAAGCCCAUCGGUUUUACCAUGUACACCACUUGCAUUAUCUGGCUGGCGUUCAUCCCCAUCUUCUUUGGCACGUCGCAGUCCACAGAAAAGAUGUACAUCCAAACCACCACGCUGACCAUCUCGGUAAGCCUGAGCGCUUCGGUGUCCCUGGGCCUGCUCUACAUGCCCAAAGUCUACGUGGUCCUGUUCCACCCUGAGCAGAACGUGCCCAAGCGCACACGCAGCCUCAAGGCUGUAGUCACCGCUGCUACCAUGUCCAAUAAAUUUAACCCCAAGGCCGGGCUCAGGCCCAACGGCGAAGCCAAGACGGAGCUGUGCGAAAGCUUGGAAACACAAAGUUUCUCAACAAAGCAGACUUAUAUCAGCUACAGCAACCACGCCAUCUAA